GUCCAUCGUUCUCAUUACGAAGCCUCGCGGCUUAUUAAGCACGAUCGCCGGCGAGCAGGGCACGCUCGCCCUUGCUUAGCGCAGCUCCGUCGGCCAGUCGCCGGAAUUUGAUUCAUUCGAACCAGUCGGAGCUCGCCUGUGAAGAUGGGUCAAGGCUUGAGCUGCGGCCAGCCGAGCAUCGAACCAGAUUUCUUCGCCGCCGUUCAGUUCGGCGAUCUCAAGUUAGUGAAAUCUAUCCUCCGUAUAGAGCCGGGAAUCAUCCGAAAAACUACCCCUUACGGCCGCCUCUCCUCCCUACACAUCGCCGCCGCAAACGGGCAUGAGGAGCUGCUUUCAAUGCUUUUGGAGCGAUGGAAUCACCCUGAUGCUCUCAACAGGCACAAACAGACUCCUCUUAUGUUGGCAGCAAUGCGCGGGAGGAUUAAUUGCGUGGAGAAACUCAUCCAGGCGGGAGCUAAUAUCUUGAUGUUUGAUUCGGUGAAUGGAAGAACUUGCCUCCACUAUGCUGCCUACUAUGGUCAUUCUGAUUGUUUACAAGCAGUUCUUCAGGCCGCGCACUCCAAUCUAAUUUCAGAAUCGUGGGGAUUUGCGCGUUUUGUUAAUGUGAAAGAUGGCAAGGGGGCCACGCCAUUGCAUCUUGCUGCAAAGCAAGGUCGUCCAUCCUGUGUCAGAAUGCUUUUGGAUAAAGGAGCUCUUGUCUGUGCUUAUACAGGCGACUACGGUUGCCCUGGGAGCACACCCCUUCAUUUGGCAGCUCGAGGAGGUUGCUUAGAAUCUGUCCGCGAAUUGCUUGCUUGGGGUGCAGAUCGCCUUCAGAUGGAUUCAGCAGGGAGAAUUCCUUAUGUCAUUGCAUUGAAGAGAAAACAUCUGUGUGCUGCUUUGCUGAAUCCAUCUGCUGCGGAACCUCUAGUGUGGCCUUCUCCAUUAAAGUUCAUUAGUGAACUCAAGCCGGAUGUAAAGCUACUUCUAGAGACAGCCCUCAUAGAAGCCAACAAGAAAAGAGAAGACAAGAUCUUUAAAGGAAUAGUGUUCGCUUUGCCAUCCCCUGAACAAAGCGUGAUUGAUGAUGACAAAUCUGAGGGAAGCGGGGUAGAGCUCUGCUGCAUCUGUUUCGAACAACCUUGCACAAUUGAAGUUCAGGACUGCGGGCAUCAGAUGUGCGCUCACUGCACCUUAGCUUUGUGUUGCCACAACAAGCCUAAUCCGACAACUCAAUGUCCACCGGCGCCGCUUUGCCCAUUCUGCAGAAGCAAUAUCGCUCGACUGGCGGCUACUAAGUCCGAAAUAAACGAAGAUAUAGACAAGGAUAUAUCUCCAAAGUUAAGGAGAUCACGAUUCAUGAGUCUGAGUGAAGGGAGUAGCAGCUUCAGGGGCCUCUCCUCCGCCAUGGGUUCCUUUGGAAGGAUGAGCAACCGAGGCUCUGGUCGGAUAGUAGAUGGCGGUGAUAUGAUUGACAAAUUUUGAGACUGUGUUGGAAAAGAUUACUUCUUUUUUAGUAUUGGAGAGGUGAUUUCAGGUCCAUAAGCAGGAAAGUCUUGUUCUUUUUUUGUUGGGGGCUUUGGGAGUGUAGAAAGUUCAUUAUUUGGAAAUGUUAUUAUUAUUCAUUCUUGA